GUUACGACCCAGCGGUCGUGCACGACAUCCGUUAGCUAUCUGGCUAUAGCCGAUCCCAUCUGAAACAUUCCGCUUUUUUGUCUGGUUGCGGCCACGCCCUCGCCAAUCUCUCAGUCUUUGCAGAACCACCUCCAAACCGCUCCUCCUGACAUGGCCUUCAAUCAGGUCACUGCGACGUCGCUCACCCCCACCCGCCCCGCGCCGUCUGCGCCAGGCAGAACCGGGCCAGCAGGCUACGGCUCAUCUUUCUCCGUCGGCACCUCCUCGCCCUCGGGCUCGUCCUAUGCCUCCUCAUACUCUGGCAUUGGCGGCUCCCCGAAUAGGGCAUCCGACAGCAUCUCAAGUGCACAAGUUGUCCGCUGCGGCAUCGUCAGCGUGAAGGAGGACGGGCUGGUCAGCUGGCUAUGGAGGCCAAAGUGGUUGGUGCUCAAGGAGAGUACGCUGCUGAUUAACAAGAACGAGUCAUCAGCUCAACCUCAAUCAAUCGUGAACCUUGCGGACAUAUCCAAUAUCGAACGGACCGAUCUGAAGCCAUACUGCCUGUUGCUGGAAACUAAGGACAAGCGGAUGUUCUUCUCUCUCAAAAACGACGAGGAGCUGUAUGGUUGGCAAGACGACAUCUAUUCACGCAGCCCCCUUAUGGGGGUGAGCAACCCUACGAACUUUGUACACAAGGUCCACGUUGGUUUUGAUCCCGUCUCGGGCGCCUUCACCGGCCUGCCGGAUGCAUGGAGCAAACUACUCACAAAAUCUGCCAUCACACGGGAAGAUUAUGCCAAGGAUCCUCAGGCCGUCCUAGACGUCCUCGAGUUCUACACCGACCGCCAAAAACAGGAAAUGGAAGAAUUCGGACUCUCUGUAGGACGACAGCCCUCAUUGGCGAGCACUGCUUACUCCACAACCUCGACACUUACUCCAUAUAGUGACAAUGUCAGUGCUCCUCGUUAUGCAGGUAUCGGACUAGGUGGCUCAGGCGCAACGGGCAAAACUUCUCUUGAUCGUCCACAGAUGAAACGGCAAGACUCUGCCCCAGCAGUUUUGAACGACGACGGUGCGCCACUAUCUUCAAGCGCGGGCCUCGCGCGCGCCGCGGAGCUGGUCAACGGUUCGCACGCGCAGUUCUCGAGUACUAUGGGUGCAGGUGCACAAAAUCGGCCUGGCCUUCCGCAGAUAACCACUGGCUCACUCCAACCGUCGCGACCAGCCCCACCACGCCCGCUGCUCACCGCGAAUCGGCCUGCACCCCCAGCACCGCUCGCCGCCGGCAAGCCCCCACUGCCCGACCACACACCGACGUCCGCGGACCUCCGCGCACGCGCCAGGGCGCAGGGCCCGCCGACGGAGACGCAGACCGCGAAGCCGCCUGGCAUCAACGGCGACGCCCCUCCGGCGCGCAUGGAGAGUCUCGCAUUCGACAAGCAGCAGCGGCCGAUCGUGGCGCCCGCGAAGUCGUCGCCGGCGAACACGCUCCCCGCCACGCAGCCCGCGUCCGGUGCCGCGGGCUCCACGGUCGGCCCGCCGCCCGUCAAGCCCCUGCAGCCGAAGAAGCCGCCUCCGCAGGCCGCGCCCCCGCCGGCGCCCGAAGUCACGGUCACCGAGCCCGCCGAGAAGGAGGAGGGCGUCGCGGCGGCGGCGGCUGCGCUCGAGAAGCCCAAGGUCCAGGAAAAGCGCAUCAGCACGAUGAACGAGGUGCAGAUUAUGGAGAAGCUCCGGAGCGUCGUCAGUGACGAUGACCCUAAGCAGCUCUACAGCAAGAUCCGCAAGGUCGGCCAAGGGGCGUCGGGACACGUCUACGUCGCGAAGACCCUCGCGACGGGCAAAAAGGUUGCUAUCAAGGAGAUGGACCUUUCGAGCCAGCCGCGGAAGGAGCUUAUUGUCAAUGAGAUCUUGGUCAUGAAGGAGUCGCAGCAUCCGAACAUCGUCAACUUUCUCGAGUCGUACCUCGUUCGAAGCAACGAGCUUUGGGUCGUCAUGGAGUACAUGGAGGGAGGUGCCCUUACCGAUGUAAUCGAGAACAAUGCUCUCGAGGAAGAUCAGAUUUCUAGUAUCUGUCUGGAGACUUGCAAGGGGCUCGGACACUUGCACAGCCAGAGUAUCAUCCAUCGUGAUAUCAAGUCAGAUAAUGUCCUUUUGGAUGCACAAGGACACGUGAAGAUUACCGACUUCGGCUUCUGUGCAAAGCUGACUGACCAGAAGUCGAAACGGGCGACGAUGGUGGGCACGCCAUACUGGAUGGCGCCUGAGGUUGUGAAGCAGAAGGAGUACGGCGCAAAGGUUGACAUCUGGUCGCUCGGCAUCAUGGCCAUCGAGAUGAUUGAGAACGAGCCGCCGUACCUCGAUGAGGAGCCCCUCAAGGCGCUGUACCUCAUCGCGACAAACGGCACGCCGACGCUCAAGAAGCCCGAGGCGCUCAGCCGCGAGCUCAAGGGCUUCCUGAGCGUAUGUCUCUGCGUCGACGUCAAGAGCCGCGCGACGGCCGCAGAACUGCUAGAGCACGAUUUCCUCAAGAAGGCGUGUGCGCUCUCGGGCCUCGCGCCCCUUCUCCGGUUCAGGAACAAGCAGGCGUCAUGAUUCUCAUAUGUACAAGCCCUGUAUCCGGAUCCCUCGUGCCCGAUAUAGCUGAUUUCACCCGUACGUUCUGCAUAGUGGCCAACACAUACUCACAUCGCCGGCGCUGUCGCUCUCGCUCUUGUACCCUUGUCGGUCCUUCGCUCUGCCAUGCCUCUCUCCCUUUUCCUUUUCUUCACACGUACUAUCUACCACCUGUCUUCCCGCCAGCCACGGCGACUGUCCAUAUUCCCCGUCUACCACUACUAUCUUGUUACCUUGGGGGGUUUCGAAUUGGAAAAUUUAAUGUACUUGUUGCGAUUGCUAAGUUAGAUGCAUAGUCAGAAGUCUAUUAUACAUAGGCAUGUACAUCCCGGGGGACGACAAGUGGAUUUUGAGACAUAGAACGAUGAGUAACGAUGCUGCUGAAGCUACACAUGAGCACAUGAAGGUUAAUACAUACACUACCCACUACAAGACGAGAUUCCGGUUUCAAUUAACAGUCUAGUUAGGUCAGAAAGUGUUCAUAGCGAGUGCUCGGUACAGGGCAUUAGCUUCUUCCAUCCGCGCGUUGCGUAGAGUGAAAUGCCUCAUCUCAGCGGUAUCCGCGUCAGAACCGAGAUCGAUGAUGUUAAACUUGAUCAGUGAGCUGUAGAAACGGCAUAAAUUUUGGACCCCCUUGGCAAAGCGAUCGUCGCUAAUGAUGCCAGCGCGCUCUUCCUCUUCCGCCCUCUCGAGCCACUGGAUGGCCUCGUGUAGGAACCAUCCGAGGACCUCACUGCGCACAAGGUCGGCAACAGUCGUGCGUCCGCCAGUUACCAGAUCUGUGAUCACCGUCGAGUCGGGAAGCAAGCGGCCGAGGAGGUCAAAGGUAGGCAGCGUAGGAGGCAGAUGCCUGAGGACGUCGAGAUAGGUGUCAAUCGCCGGCUGCGUGAGGAGCGCGACCAAGAUCGGGUGCGCAAGCGUCGGAUUGUGCGCGAUCAGCGGCGGGAGGUCGUGAGAGGUGAUAAGGGGCGUCGAGGUCAGCUGAGGAAUGAGCGGACCGAGGAUGCGUUGUUCGGAAAGGGUAAGCACGCGGUCACGAGCAGCCAGGAACAGGGUCAUGCCCCGAGAGAGCCUGUCAGCCUCAAGAAUACGCGUCGCGCCGCCAUCCACGAGGGGCGUGCUCGGGAUAGAUUUGACGGAUGCGCGAGAUGCAUCGUGGCCAUCAGCGAUGGACUCCUCGCCAAAUGGAUCGAACCUCGGACGCUCAGGGUCAUGAGAGUUUUCCGUCAACGACAAAUUGGCAGCACGGAGCUUCGGAGGUAAGGGCGACUGUGCGAGAUUGCUUGGGCUGUACGGACCAAUGUCGUUCCCAUCUCCUCUGAGGAUCUUCCACAGUACCCAUACCAGCUGCUCGCUAGGACUCGUUCCGCCCUCAGCGGCGAUCUGGACGGCGAGCUCUUUCUCCUUCGCAAACGUAUAAACAAGUGCAGAGUGGAACGGAUUGAUCGCAAUAGGAUGGGGCGCGUAAAGCGCAUACAAGAUGUACGAUGCCAGGAUGCGCUGCGGGAGAUCUACGGGCGCGUCCAGAAGUGGGAACAGGACGUCGAGUGCCAAUGAAAAACGCGACGUCGCCGGUACGAGUUGCAUGUACGAUUGUGCUGCGGUUGAGCAUGGCGAGCCUUGGGUUCUGGACAGCAAGUGGACGAUGGAGGACCGCAGGGGGUCGAUCGGGCUCGGUUUCAUCGCGAGAGGCUGCGAAUACAUCGGGAUGGGCUGCACAGCGCUCAUGACAUGCGUGUGCAUUGCGUCUGGAGGCAC